AUAUCUAGCUCACAAAAUGCGCCGCCUCAUAUCCUGCGCCUCAAUUCCCAUAUAUAAAUUAAUUUUGAUUAAGCCCUGGUACUUAUCUAAAUAGUAUCUAUUUUUCACGGAAAAACAAAAAAAGUUUCUCAACGUCAGAGAAUUCUCACACAGUAAGACAUGGAAAAUGCUGAAAGCCUACUCAAUAUAUCAGUUACAUGGAGAGGGAACAAGUAUAUUAUAGAAAUGAACUCUAAUGCAUCUCUUAAGGACCUAGGAGAUGAACUACAGAAGUUGACUGAUGUCAAGCCAGAUACUAUGAAACUAAUUGUGCCACAAGUUUCUAGCAAAGGUUCAAAAUUGCUGUCUCCUUUCUCUAAUGAACACUCACAACUAAGUUUGCACAAAGCUUCCAUUCUCGAGGGGAAGUCUAUCAGAAUGAUGGGAGUGCCUGAAGAUGAGGUUGAUAAAGUUCUACAAAAUGCUAAAGACAACUUAAGAAUUGCUGGAUUUGAUGAAGAAGAGAGGAGAAUGAAGCAGCGAUCGGCAUAUAGUCCCCAUGCUUUGCUUAAACUACCCCAAGGACCUUACACCUUUUGUGAUUUUCGCACACUGCAACUUCCUGGGAUACAGUUGAACCCUCCAGCUUCAGAGGCAUUAAAAAGGAUGCAUAUGCUUGCUGCAGAUCCUGGAAUUGUUGCAAUAAUGAACAAGCAUCGUUGGCGUGUUGGAAUUAUGACUGAGAUGGCCCCAGUUGGUUAUGUUGGUGUGAGUCCUAAAUGUAUUCUUGGAUUCAAUAAGAAUCAUGGAGAGGAGAUAUCUCUGCGUCUUCGAACUGAUGACCUCAAGGGCUUCAGAAAAUAUGAAAGCAUCAAGAAGACACUUUUGCAUGAACUUGCUCACAUGGUAUACUCAGAGCAUGACGCAAACUUCUAUAAUUUGGAUAAACAGCUGAACCAAGAAGCUGCUAGUUUAGAUUGGACUAAAUCUAGGGGACACACCUUGAAUCGAGUUAGGCAUUUGGACCAUUAUGAAGAAGAAGAAUCCUAUGAUUCAGACAAUAGAAGUUUUUCUUACAAGCUUGGGGGAAAUGUUUUGGAUCAAAUGGCAAGUGCUCGUGCAUCUUCAGUGGCUGCUGCUUACCUCCGUUUAGCAAAUGAAUCUGCUAAUGGUUCAGGAGCUUCUAGAGUGUAUGAAGAACCUGACCCUGAUGAUUCCAGAAUCAGCAUGCAUCACAGACCUGAAGCUAAUUACGUGGGAGAAGAUAAUACAGAUAUUGAAUUUGCACACAAGGUUCAGUUCAAACCUGAUUAUGAACCAGAUCCUGAUGAAUAUUCUUAUGUUCAAAGCAAGCAUGAACCUGAUCCUGAUGAUUCUCAAAAUAAUAACCUUGGGCUGAUGGAGACCUUGAACAAUUUGAUUAAGUUGGGCAAGACCAUUGAUGAACCUGAUCCAGAUGACUCAGAAGUAAAAGUAGGAGAUGGAAACAUCCAGGGACCCAAUCAGGACAAUUCUUUAAAGAUUAGAAGCAGGAAAGGCCAAGCCCAUCUAGAUAAGGUUUAUGGAGAACCUGAUCCUGAUGAAUCUCAAGCUGACAGAACUAUGCAGGUAGAGCCUGACCCUGAUGAUGAUUUGGCAGCCUCACAUGAAAUUUCAAGUAUGAAGAUUGAUGAAAGCAUGAUCAUUGAUGAACCUGAUCCAGAUGACUCAUAUGCAAAACAGAGCAAUUCACGACAUAGGAACAUCAAAGGAGCAGAUCAGAGCAAUACUCCUCUGACAGAAAGCAUAGAAGAUGCAGCCUGUCCAAAGAAGGCUUAUAGAGAACCUGAUCCUGAUGAAUCUCAAGCAAAUAGUGUUGUGGGAAUAGAGCCUGAUCCUGAUGAUGGUUUAUUGGCCUCACAGGAAAUAUCCAAUAUGAAAAUUGAUGAGCCAGAUCCUGAUGAUGAAGAGAUACGGAGGAUCCAAGAUCCUGUUGCUGUUGUUUGUGGACGGUUGCAGAAGGCUGUUGAGACACUGAGAACUGAAGUUGACACUGCAGAGGCAACUGCCACCUUGCAAACCCUUUUUAAAAUAAUCAGGAAUGUAAUUGAACAUCCAUAUGAAAUGAAAUUUAAGAGAAUUCGCAAGGCUAAUCCCAUAAUCCAGAAGAAUGUUGCCAAUCACAGAGCGGCACUUGAAAUUCUGCAGAUGGUUGGAUUUAUUGAAGAUGUCCUCCUCGACGAAACUGGAAAAGCUGAAACUUGUUUAGUGUUGAAGCGGAAUGAUCCAGGCUUAUUGUGGCUUGCUAAGUCAUCCCUAGAGGCAUGUCUGGCCUUCUAGCCACUGGAAGUAUGGACCUUCUAUGGUUUGACCAUUUAUACGCCGGCCAUCAACCGACCACAAGCCUUCUCCUGAACGGGCUAUACUUUGCUAAGCUCACACAAGCAGAGUUAAGUGAGUUACUGGAAGUAUGGACAUACUGAAACGAAAUUGAGAAUAAUCCGGAACUGUAAAUUUGUGCAUACAUAACUUGUGUUGCUUAUAGUUAAAAUAAAAUGCUCACAUGAAUGGACUUGUGAUUCCAUCAGAACAUUUGUAAAUCAAAGUGAUAAUAUUUUGGACAGAGCGCUAGAGCCUUUGUACUUGAAA